GUCUAAUGACUACAGAUGAAGAAGAAAAUAACACAAUCUCCAAGUCUCCUAGCAUCUCUCCAGUUUCCAGCCGACCUCCCAUGUCUUCGGCUAGUACCCUUUCCUCUCAACCUUCGGGGAGUAAACAGAGAGGGGAGCAGUCCCGGACUGGUUUAGCCAAACUGGCUAGAUUCCUGUCUCCUAGGGAACGACUUUCGGCAUCCAAGACAAGCCAGUUUUUCAGUGAGCUGUCUCCAUCUGAAGUGGGCACAGCUGCUACUCGAAAAUCUAAUAGCAUUGACAGCCUUCUAGAAGUUUCUUCUUCCAAAGGCACUAUUGAUGUCCCGGACGGUUCACUAAAGAUCUCUACAAUUUCAACAUCGGCUCCUCCCAGUACAGACACAACCUGUGGUGCCUUCAACGUUCAAAAGAAUAAAGCCAUACCUUCUUCCCCUAGCGUCCCUUCCAAAUUGGAGGCCCAUAGGAAGGGCAAUAUUCCAUCGUCCCCCAGCGUUCCUAGUCGACUUCCAAAAGGAAUUUCAG